AUGGCGACGCAAACAUCGCUGUUCCAGGUCUACUUACGGCUACGACCUCCCAUUGACCAUCAGCUGCCCACACAGAAGAACGAACCAUGGCUUAUAGUAGAGUCCGCAAACUCUCAGAGGCAAGAUGCGCACAGCUCCUUCCCGACGCACAUCACACUCCAACCUCCCAAUGACUCUAGGAAGCGAGCCAUCGAAAGAUUCGGCUUCACCAAGAUCUUCGACGAGGCAGCAUCACAGCUCGAUGUUUUUCAAGAGACGGGCACUGCGGACACAAUUAAGACUGUCUUACAAACAGGAAGGGAUGGCCUUGUUGCUACACUGGGAGUCACUGGAAGUGGGAAGAGUCAUACCAUACUUGGAUCGAAGUCACAGAGAGGUUUGACGCAAAUGUCCCUCGAUGUGCUUUUCAGAUCAAUCGGACAAAGUAUACGACGUCCAUCACCUACAGAGACGGCACUCUUGUCAUCAAUACAAGCAUCUGAUGUCUCGGAGGCUCAGAUCCUAUCAGCAACAACUUUCUUGGAAUCAGUCUAUGGCGACAGCGAUCGAGGAAGGCUAUCAAGAGCUCAGACACCCAUGUCGAGAGCGCAAACCCCCAUGAUGGAUUCGAUGGCACAUACCAUGCGAAAAGCACCGUUGCCGAGACCUAGUACGUUUCCACAACAUCCGAACAUGUCAUCCUUUUCCAUCGAAGUCGAGUCCAGAGCCGAAUAUGUCGUCCUGGUAUCAAUGUACGAGGUUUACAAUGACCGUAUCUUUGAUCUUCUUUCUACCCAAGCACCUUCCAAUGGGCCUGCCAUGUCAACGAGACAAGGAGCAGCUCUGCAGAAAGGCCUCUUACGGCGACCGCUGUUGUUCAAGAACACGGAGAUGUCUCCAGAUAAAAAGGUGGUGGCGGGUCUUCGAAAGAUUGUGUGUGCGAAUUACGACGAGGCCAUGCUUGUUCUUGAAACCGGAUUGACGGAAAGACGAGUCGCAGGGACAGGCAGCAACAGCGUCAGCUCGAGAAGUCACGGCUUCUUUUGUAUCGAGGUCAAGAAAAAGACGGAAAUGCAAGGACAUGCGGCAUAUGUGAUGCCAGCAUGGACAGGCGGAACCAUGUCCAUUGUCGAUUUGGCAGGUUCGGAACGUGCCAGGAAUGCCAAAACCACCGGAUCCACGCUUGCUGAGGCUGGCAAGAUCAACGAAAGUUUGAUGUAUCUUGGCCAGUGUCUUCAGGUUCAAAGUGACUGUCAGCUGGAGGGAAGCAAGCCCAUCGUCCCCUUCCGACAGUGCAAGCUCACCGAGUUGCUGUUAUCCAACUCUUUCCCAUCAUCAACCCAUGCUAGCUCAUAUCGACAGCCCCAAAAGGCAGUCAUGAUUGUGACAGCUGAUCCACUGGGCGACUUCAAUGCCACCAGUCAGAUUCUGAGGUAUUCGGCGUUGGCGCGAGAAGUGACUGUUCCCAGAAUACCUAGUGUGACCAGUGCAAUACUCGGUGGGCCUGGUCACGGCAGGACGAUACACAGUGGUCGGACGACACCUCAUGACAUGCCAAAUAGCUAUUUCAGUGCUCAAGAAUUGGAACAAGCGACCAACGAAGCCAGCAGGCUGGGAGAAGAAUGUGACGCGUUGGCGAUGAAACUGGCAGAGGAAGAAAUCAAGAGAACCGAGGCUGAAUUGAAGCUGCAGGCGGCAGAGGACAAGCUUGUGGUGAUGGAACAGGAAGUCCGAGAAGAGUGCUGGAACGAGAUGGAUCAGCAUUUGGAAGAAGAAAAGGAACGAUGGAGGGAGGCGUGGGAGCAUGAGAAGAUGCAGAACGAAGCAUUUGUGGACGGCAAGCUCGAAAUCCUCGAGAAGACGGCCAGGAUUACGAUCCAUGAAGAUCAAUCCAGCGACAGCAGAGUGGAAGACCUUGAAAGAGAAAACGACACUCUUCGAGCAAAGAUUCGAGCAUUUGAGCAAGAGAUGCAGACGAGAAGUCCGACGAAGAAGUCGCGAACAGCACCUAAAUCCCCAGUCAAGGGGUUGGUCCUCCAAGAGACGUCGAACAGUAACAUCGCCACGAAUCCGUUCCUGGCCUCGUUGAGGACACGAGAAGACAGCAAUGCGACGGUCAAACCGAGGAGCAGUGAGGACCAUCUACAGGUUGCCGAUGUCUCUCCUCGAAAGCUGUCGUUGAGAAGCUCUAGUGUCGGCCAGGCUACAGACGAGGAGGAACCACCUGCCACGGUGAAGAAACAGCGGAAACUGACGGCGCGGAAGUGGGAUUUGGGUGACCCUGCUGGAUUCUAG